AUGAAGAAGUACAUUUUGACAUUGGCUACGUUUUUGCUUGCAACAGAACUCGUUCUUUUAGAGGAUCCUACAGGGAAAUCAGAAAACGUGUAUCACGGUAGAUAUACAAGGAACGUACACGAAGCAGAAAUUUUAAUACCACGUCGAGUCUUCGAGGAUGGUAGUUUCAAUACCUACAAUCUUCCGAAUUUCUACGAUCGUCGAGAAAUCAAUGAACGAACCAAAAGAUCCGUGGACCCUUACCUUUUACAUUUAGUGUUGCCCUUUAACGGGAUCGAUCAUCACGUUGAGUUGAGCCCGUACCAUGAGUUUAUUUCACCACAAAUGGUUAUUGAAACACGAUCCUCUGGUAUUGGAAUUGCCGGUAAUCUCAACGAGGCCUUGAGAUUUAAAAGAACCUCGGAUCAACAGUGUCACUAUAGGGGUAUUGUCAGAGGCCAUGACAAUUCCAAAGCAGCUUUGUCCCUUUGCGAUGGUGUGGCUGGCUAUGUGCAAACUAAUCAUGGACGAUAUUUCAUCGAGCCGAUGAACGAAGUCAAGCCUGAACUGGAUGGUCAACAUGUUCACAUAGCUUAUAAGAGAGAUGCGCCUCAUGAAAAACAAAACAACGAAAACAAUUUAGCGAAAGGACAUUGUGGAACUAAAGACGACUGGGAAAGUUCAUGGGCAGAACAGUUGACAAAAUUACAACAUCGAAUAGACAAAAACAAUACUUUGGGAUCAAAACGAGAAGUAUCCUCGGGUACUCACAGCAUUCAUCGUUUUAUCGAAAUCGGUUUAAUAGCUGACAGAAGAUUUCUCGAUUUUCAUAAUAACACCAACUACGAACAAUACUUGUUGACGAUCAUGAAUAUGGUAUCGGAUUAUUAUCACGAUAGUUCUAGCGGUAAUCAGAUUGAUAUCGUCGUAGUACGUAUGAUUUAUUUGGAAAAAGAAAAAGAAGAGAUAGACUUGUUCAUAAGUCCAGACGCCGAUAAAACACUUGCGAGUUUUGCCAAAUGGGCGGACAAAAUGAAUCCGAAAGAUCAUAAGCAUCCUAAUCAUUUCGACGUUGGGGUACUCGUGACUCGGUAUGACAUUUGUACGGAAAAAACCAGUUGCGAUUUGAUGGGUUUGGCUUAUGUUGCUACUGCCUGCAAUCCUUCCAAAGCUGCUUGCAUCAACGAGGAUAACGGAUUGUUGCUUGGAGUUGUGAUUGCGCAUGAAGUUGGUCACGUAAUGGGUUGCUCUCACGAUGACGAGAAAAUAAGCGGCUGUCCGAAACAAGACAAAGACGAAAGUUAUUUCAUCAUGUCUCCUGUUGUCUUCAUCUUCACGAUCAGAUGGUCGAGCUGCAGUAGAAGAUUUAUAACUUCAUAUUUAGAGAGUGGCCUGGGUGAAUGUUUAAACGAUGACCCGAAAAGUCCUGGGGCCAAGUAUUCCUAUCCGAACAUGUUACCCGGUGCUAUGUACGGUACUGAGUUUCAAUGUCAGAUGCAUUUUCCUGAUUCAACACCCUGUUCAUCUAGAGGGUUCAGCGACUGUAAAGCUCUUUGGUGUUUGUCCAACUCAAGCUGCUAUUCCAUAGGAACACCGAAAGCUGAUGGAACAAAAUGCGGCGAGAAUAAGUGGUGCAUUCACAAGGAUUGCGUGGACAUGGGUUCUCGGCCCGCUGCAGUGAACGGUGGAUGGGGCGAAUGGGGUUCGACGAGUUCUUGUAGCAGAACUUGCGGCGGAGGUAUCAAAUUUUCCGAGAGAGAAUGCAACAAACCAGUCCCGGCAAAUGGUGGUAGAUAUUGUGUUGGCGAGAGGAAAAGAUUCAGCACUUGCAACACCACGCCUUGCGAUCCAAAAAAACCAUCGUUCCGUGCAAUUCAAUGUUCCAUGUACAACGAUAAGUCGUUUAUGACUGAUGGAGUUCAUGAAUGGACGCCGUUUAUGACCGAAACACUAGAUACGUGUGCACUGUACUGUAUCAACGAAAAAAUGAUUUAUAGUAAACUAUCCCCUUCUGCAAACGAUUCGACUCCUUGCAAACCCGGCACGAAUUAUAUGUGCAUUUCCGGCGUUUGUAGAAAAGUAGGCUGCAACUGGGUGGUUGAUUCAGAUGCAAUUGAUGACAGAUGUGGCAUUUGUAAUGGUGACGGAACGAAAUGCGAAUUAAUUGACGGUGAUUAUGACGAACUGUAUCCUAAAUCAGCUUACGUGAAAAUCGUAACAGUGCCAAGUGGUGCCCGAAGUAUAUUACUAUUGGAAAAGAAACCUGCUGACAAUAUAUUCGCGGUGAAAACGACUAAAGACAAGAAGUAUUGUUUGAAUGGUGGCAAUCGAGAAGAAAGGAGUGGCGACUAUGAAUGUGCUGGUUCGAUGAUUAUUUACACACGUCCAGAACCUAAUAAGGAAGAAAUUGCUAUAAAAGGUCCUAUCACCGAAGAUAUCGAUCUCGAGUAUGUGUUUUUCACUGCGAAAUUGAAUCCAGGAAUUCACUAUGGCUACUCGAUUGGAUCGUCGAACGUGUCUCACGCACCGAAAUAUAUGUGGGAUUUUGUCGAGUGGUCGGAAUGCAAUGCCAAAUGUGGUGGUGGUUCGAUGGUGUCUGAAGCAACUUGUGUUGAAGAAAGCAGUGGAAAAGUUAGUCCAUCGUUUUGCAGCAGUAUUCCUCAGCCAGAUGCAAAAAGCCAAGUUUGUAAUAAGGAACCCUGUGUUGCAAAGUGGAGAGUAAGUCAAUGGAGCAAGUGUAACGCAUGCGACGGUAACAAAGGCACGAGGCAUCGUAAAAUCCAAUGUAUGAGAAUGAGCGGGCAACCCGAUGAGGAAGCCAUUGAAGCGAAUUUCGAUGCUUGUCAGGGUCGCGUGCCACAACAAACAGAGGAAUGCAUUGGUGAGAGGCCUUGUAAAAAAAUCUGCGAUAAGAAAACUCGUGAUUCUUCGAGAAAAGAAUUGAUCGAGGACAAGGAGAACGAUGAAAAUUUAUCGGAAGAUGAACGUCGUAGAAUGAUCGAUCGGUUUGUUGAUUUAGAACUGGCACGUUAUCUUGAAAGUAUUCGUGCUUCGACGAAAAUCACGGAUAGAAGCGCCGAUAAAAAUGAAUCGAAUGAUUUCCGACGAUUCAUACGCGAUUGGGUUAUGAAUUCGGAAGAGGAAGAGAUGGAGAACGAUAGAAAAAAAUCAUGCGAAUUCAGUGAGAAAAAUUUUACUACGCCAAAGCCUGGCUCGAUAAUCAAGGAUUCGAUUCCGGAAGAAAACGUUGUAUUGCUUCAAGCACCUUACAACGAAGAAAUCUUAAUUUCUAAUUUAUCGGACAAAGCAUUCCACGAAGCUGGCGAUGUUAUCGGAACGAGUAUCGAUACCGAACAUCAACAAAUUUAUAAAGGCUUGGAAGCUGUUAAGAUGAUAGAACAACUUCAUCAUAAAAAACAACCGAGAAAUAAUGCAAACCAACAAAAUUUGACUACUUAG